UAUGAAUCCUAAUAGUACGACAGAUGACACAUAAUUUUCUCUUUUAGAAAAAAAACCCAAAAAAUCACAACUGUUUUAAAAGAUAUUCUUCUUUACUUUAGGUGUGUCAUCAUUGUCAGGAUGGAAUGCUAUCUUAACUGGUUUAUCAUAUUUUGCUGAUUAAUAUGAUGGUAUUAAAAAUUACCACUAAUUAUUUAGGGAGAAAUGUUUAUUUUAUACUGCCUAUACCUAAUUUCAUAAGUUUAUGCUUGAUUGGAUUAUUUCUACCUCGUAUUAGUUCUCUACUCUCAAUGUUUUUCAGAAUUGUGUGGUCAUUAGUAAUUUUAUGUGUACUUUUGAUUCUUUUACCAUUAAUAGCAUUAGAAAUGCAUAGUGCUUUAGGUAUUGGUUUAAUAUAUAUAAAAAGGAUAUUGGUUAUGUUUAAUUACAAUAUUCAUAAUGGGAAUAUUUUCAUCAUUAUAAUAGAAUAGUUCAAUAGGAAUGUCUGGGAUACUUGGUCCAGAGUAUGUCAACGUAUUCUUUAUUGGUACAGGAGCAUCUGGAACCAUUAUCACCAUUUUUAGAUUAAUAUCUUUAGCUGCAAUCGACAGUGAAAAAUGUAAUUGAAUUCUAUAUUGAAUAGCAAUAUUUUUAUAUAUUGGUAUAGCAGUACUUUGGAAUAUUGGUGCAAUUAUAAUGUAUUUUGCAUUUACAAAGACACCUUAAUAUAGAAAGAUUAUUUAAGCACAUAAAAAGGGUAGGAAAUCUGUUUUAGUUCAUGAUUAAAUUAUUACAGAAGAUGAACCAGAUAAUGUAAUAUAAAAUGAUAGUUUAAUUUCUGAUAUUAUCAAUUCAGAAAUUGCAAAUCAAAUUAAUUAAACUGUAGAUUCAAAUCCAAAAACUGAUCAUGAACCAUAAAAUAAAUUUAAAGACUAAAUCUCAAUAGAAAGAAUGAAUGUAAUUUAGACUUUGAUUUGGAUUAAUAAAGUAGCCUUUCCUAUUCCUUUAUUAAUUGUAAUUCUUUACGUUUAAACAUUUAUGAUGUUUCCAGGUGUAGCAUUCUAAAAAUCUUUUGAUUCAGAUUUUAUUAAUUGGGGUCAAUGCUUCAUUAGUUUAGGAUACAAUAUGGGAGAUACUUUAGGAAAAUUUUUAGCUGGUAAUAGAAAACUAUUUAAUUUAUAAAUUUUAAUUGGAAUAUUUUUAGGCAGAUUUGUUUUUUAUUAUACAUAUAUAGCAAUAGCAAAAGGAACUUUAGAUGCAAAUUGGAUUUCAUAUUUAAAUACAUUUUUAUUUGGUACAUUGAAUGGAUUUAUUACAACAGGAUAUAUGAUUUUAGGACCAGAAAAAGUAUUUAAUAAAAUUAUUUAUAUAAUAGACUAAUGAAGGUUUUGUUAAAGAAAAAAUUGGUUUUGUAUCAGGAUUUUCCCUUUGCUUUGGCAUUAUGUUAGGAACAUUCUUAGCUUUGCCUUUUUCAAAUAUAUCUAAAUGAUUUGU